CGGAAUUGCGGGUCUUUUUAUUAGCUCGUAUUUGUGGUGUACUAUUUUAUGGAAUGUUGGUAGUGGUUAUGAUCAAUUCGAUAGAAAAAGGGGAAUUUUUUGUAUUUUUCGUUGGGGAUUCCCUGGAAUAAAUCGGCGCAUUUUCCUCCGAUUCAAUAUAAAAGAUAUAAGGUCUAUUCGAAUAGAAGUGAAAGAAGGUAUUUAUGCUCGUCGUGUCCUUUAUAUGGACAUCCGAGGCCAGAGGGCUAUUCCUUUGACUCGUACUAAUGAGAAUUUCACCCCGGGAGAAAUUGAAAAAAAAGCUUCAGAAUUGGCCUAUUUUUUUGCGUGUACCGAUUGAAGUAUUUUGAGAAGGGGGGCUACACCUCUUUUCAGUUACUUUUUUUCUAUUUUUAUAUAUUUUCUAUUUAUUUUUCCAAUUGCAUUUUUUACUAAGACUCAGGAAUACUAAUUAGCCAAUUGACCAGGCAGUUUUUUAUUAGCACAAGCAAAUCCCCUAGGAAGUUUAAGUAUUCUAUUGCUUACUAUUUCAUUCUAAAUAUUUAAAUAUCUAAACAUUCAGUAAUUUUUUUCUUUUUAUUUUAAUUGAAAGAUUUGUAUCGGAUAUCUGAAUUUCAUCUGUAUUCUUUCUAGAUUCAAAGACUGGCCAAAAAAUCACAACAAAAAU